AUGCUUAUUCGAUCUCUCGUUCGUGUCAGAUUGACAAGGUCGGUUGGCGGACGUUCAUUCUUCCAGAAGUCUUAUUUUUCUAGAUUCUUCCGCAGUGACAUCUACAUUAAGAACAGAUGCGCCGAAGCAGACGCCAUUCUCAUCGACAUGGAAAGGGGCGAAAAUAUGGAGCACGAGUACAAAAUGAGGAGCUUUCAUCGGCUCAGAGACAGCAAAUAUUCGCUGCCGAAGGUGCUCGUCGACCCGGUUUCUUCGGAGCCAAACGAUUGGAUUCCCCAGUUAAUAACUGAUCCUUCGGUCAGUGGAUUGGCUCUCCGGAGCUCGGGAGCCGCCAUCGAACAGCUCGAUGACGUGAAUCCGCUGCUCGCCGAGCACAAUACGGUGUUCACGAUGAUCUGGGACACGCGCGAGCGGCGAAUCACUCACUCGAUCAUAACCUAUCACCGAGUCAAUGUAUUGGAUUGCGAAAGGUUAUUUCUAGAGUCGAACAAAAGAUCUUUCAGGAUGCGGACAUAAUGUGGAACAGCAGUAUCCGCUCGGCCGUCGUCGGCUCUUUGGAGCACAACAUACAGCCUUUGGCCUCACGGAAUCUUCGCUUCAAAGACAUGGAAAGGUGAGUUCACCAAUAAUCAAACGAAUAAUCUAGUUAUUUUUCAGUGCGAUUCAGGAAUUCGAAAUUCUGCGUCAAAUAGGAUUCACCGGAGCCGUCAUACGCAACCCGAAUCUUAUCGAAGUAACGAACGAGAUUUUCGGGAUAUGA